AUGGUCCAAUUAAACAAAGUUCCCAGCUUCCUGCUGGACCGUUCGCACCCGCUGGGUUUCUGGGUGACGGAGCUGGCGGACUUCGGUGCGGAUUCUGUGCGCCUCGUUCGGAGAUGCACAAAACCUGACGCCCGCGAGUUCAAAAAGAUCGCCUGGGCCUGCGCUGUUGGCUUUUUGCUGAUGGGCUUUAUUGGCUACGUUGUCAAGCUGGUUUUCAUUCCCAUCAACAACAUUCUUGUGGGGCCGGGGGCCUAG